AUGGGGGCACGCCUUCUCACCUUUGCCCUCGCUGUGGCAGUGGCCGCUGGCAUCCACGCCGAGGACGCGCAGGUGAAGACCGCGCGGUCGUUCGUGAACGCGCACAGGCACGGCCAGGCAUGCUUGGAGGCGUUCGAGGAGGCGGAGGGCAUCAUCGGCGGCUACGACUCCUUCGAGAAGCACAAGGAGACUGCGGAGACCAUGGCGCAGAAGCUCGCGGAGGUCACAGGCAGGGGCACCGGAGCGCUCCAGAACGCCAUCUACGAGAGGCUAAAGAAAGCCUCGACCGACGCUAUUCCCCCGCAGGAUCCGGAAACGCUUCACGAGAAGAAGCAGAUCCAGCGCAAGAUCAGGAGCCCCCUCCACGCCAUGGAGCUGUGCGAGUUCGCCCUGAAGCAUCACGACGAGCUCUGA